AUGAAGUUGGGCCGCAACGCCCCUUGCUCAAGACAGUGUGACAUGCAUUAUUCUUUUGAUUUUGGGCAACAGCUUCAUUAUCCGUCCAACCCCGUUCAGCCUAGCCCCCUGUACUUCCUGCAGCCCCGAAAAUGCAGCUUAUUCGGUGUCUGCUGUGAGGGCGUUCCCCAACAGAUUAACUAUCUAAUCGACGAAGGGACGGCGUCGUCACACAGCAGACUCGGCGAAGAAAGCCUGAGUCUGCAUUGUGACAACUGCGCAGGGCAGAAUAAAAGCAGCCCCGAUUGGUGUUUCGGUUUACUGAAGCAGAAGUUACGCCAAAGCCCAGUGUCAUGUCUUCAAGACAUUGCUUGCCUGACCAAACAGAGUACAGCAUCGGAAGUGAACCUGGCCCAGCUCGUCGGCAGUGAGGCACAAGAAGUUUACGUUCCGCUUUACGACUGGCAAAGUUUCUUGAGCGAGUACUUCGUUCCACUCAUCGGAUUCAAGAAGUUUCACCAAUUCCGAUUUCUUCAGAGGAACCCGGUGUGGUUUAUGCGUCUCAAUCCCCAACAGAUCAAGAGCAAGAAUUCAAUCUCCUCCGUACGCCAGACACGUUGCCACCUCUGGAGUUGCCCCAGCAGACACCACCCCCUGGACUUGACGCAAGACGCCAGUGGUAUCUAUAUGAAAAGAUAAGAGAAUUCUGUAGUGAUGAAGGUGCAGAUCGUACAUGCCCGAAACCCACUGUCCCAAACCCCGACUACUGCGCUGGUCUAGAGAAAAUCAGCUCCACACCGCAAAAGAAAAGAAAAGCGAAUUGUAAAGUUUGAAAGGUUAGACAGGAUUGGGAGAGCUGACAAAAAAAAGUCACAGACGGUGUUCAAGUUUUGUUCGUGUUUUGUUAAUGUUUCGUGAAGGCCUGAUUCUUUGUUGCCUCCAUGCCCCCUGCCUUUGCACCAUUGAAAUGCUCCAGUAGAAAUUUACAUUUACCUCAUAGGGUUCCAUUGACCAAGGAGAAGAUGUCUUGGUGCCCUUGCCCU